GUUUUAUCAUCUCCCAUCUCGCAAGAAGAAUAAGGCCACCUGACCCUCCUUGGAAUAAGAGUAAAUGUACCAGAUCACUCAUCUGUCAUUGCAAGUAAUAAUAAUCCUUACUAGAGUUACUAAGAACAACUGAACCUUCAUUAAAAUGAGAUGCCUGUAAGCAAUAUCAUCAUUAUCUAGUAAAUCUCCAAGCAAUUAUUGAGGUCUCUGCUGAUCCAAACUUGGUUCUACAUUCUAAGAGGGGCAGAGAUAUCUCCUCCCUCUCUAACAAGAAGUGGGCAGGAGAUGUUACAGGAGCCAUGAAGGGGCUCCUGCCCAAGGUUGGGGAGAGUGGAGGAAGCAGGCCAAACUUCCUGGAGCUACAGACACUUGAGCUGAGGUUCAAAGCAGGCGUACCCACUGCCAGACGAGAAAUGCAAGAUAAGAGUAGAAGAAAAGCAGAACGCCUACUGCCUAAAAUAUGGAAAUGACUGCAAAUAUGACUGAGCUUAACAUUGCAACAAAGGACUGGCUGGAAAAGUGAAUGAUUGCUGCCAUUUGGUGAGACUCAACUAUUCCUGAAAAAUGUGGUGUUGGGGGUUGAAGAUGAAUGAGACCCAGUGUCUGCCCUUACAGAGUUUGCGUCCUAGUGAGGGAAACAGACUAUCUAUAGCUGCAGCAGCCCCUGGAAAACAUAGAGCCAGUUAUGAGAAGGAGGCCCAAGGACAGCUGUUGAUCCUGAAAACGGUUUUAAUUUAUCUCUGUCUCAUUAGCUUAAUGCUGAUGCUGGCGGCCCCCAGGUUGCUGACCAAGCUUGGUGACUUUUCUUUUCAACUUGGCCUGAGGCUUAUCAGAUCCAUAGAUGAAGCUGACAAUUCAGGCAACCUUCCCUUGCUGUUUCUGGCCCUUUGUGUCCACUCACCAGGGACUUUCAUUCAUCUCUGGGACUACGGUAAUUAAAAGCAGGAGGGAAGACUGUCCUCAUUGGCUAACCUCUCUCUGUGAAUUGGCAUGACGGACAGAGUCACAUAAAUAAAUGCUUACCAUGCAGGAACCACCUGGGAAGUAGAGGGUUGGCUUUGAUGACCGAGCGGAGAGUUUUACCCACCUGACAACAUGCUGCUGUGAAUAGGAGUCCAGAGGCUAAAUUAUUGCAAAUUGCUUUUAAAAUUGACCCCAGAAAGCAAUCCAUAAUCAAGAAAGACACAAAAUGUGAAGAAAUGUUUUACUUUUCAGUAAAUGAUUUAAGUCGCCACUUUUGAAAACCAAAGGCUUGGGUUUGAAAUUGAUUAAGAAUCUUUCAGGAAGAACCAGGGCCCAGCAGAAUGGCUCCCGCGAAGAAGGGUGGCGAGAAGAAGGGCCGUUCUACCAUCAACGAAGUAGUGACCAGAGAAUACAUCAUCAACAUUCACAAGCGCACCCAUGGAGUGGGUUUCAAGAAGCGUGCCCCUCGGGCACGCAAAGAGAUCUGGAAAUUUGCCACGAAGGAGAUGGGAACUCCAGAUGUGCGCAUUGACACCAGGCUCAACAAAGCUGUCUGGGCCAAAGGAAUAAGGAAUGUUCCAUACCGUAUCCAUGUGCGGUUGUCCAGAAAACGUAAUGAGGAUGAAGAUUCACCAAACAAGCUCUACACACUGGUUACCUAUGUACCUGUCACCACUUUCAAAAAUCUACAGACAGUUAAUGUGGGUGAGAACUACUCGCUGAUUGUCAAAUAA